AUGUAUGGGAAUUCUAUGACUGGUUUAUGCAAUUUAUCUCAGUUGAAAAGUUGUACUAAUUGGAGACUCCGGAGUGUUCAGAUCGAUGGGAAGAUAAUAAAGGCUCAGAUUUGGGAUACUGCCGGUCAGGAACGAUAUCGAGCGAUUACUUCUGCUUAUUAUCGUGGUGCUGUUGGUGCACUGUUGGUGUACGACGUCUCCAAAGCACCAACAUAUCAUAAUUUGGAUCGAUGGUUAGGUGAAUUACGAGAUCAUGCAGACCAGCAUAUUGUUAUCAUGUUAGUUGGAAAUAAAUGUGAUCUUCGACAUCUUCGUGGAGUUAUGACUGACGAGGCGAAAAGUUUUGCUGAACGAAAUGGACUUUGUUUCAUUGAAACUUCAGCUUUGGAUUCUACUAAUGUAGAAGAGGCCUUCUGUCAAAUCAUCCAAGCUAUUUAUAAUAUUGUCAGUUCACAUCCUCCAGUGAGUAAUGUCGAUAUGAAAAUGUCUCCAUAUCAUAAUCAACCGAUUGUAUCACCGAAUGCAGACAAUCCAAGCAGUGGUCGACGAUGUUGUAGUUGAACACAACAUGUACAACAACAAUGGAUUAACUACUAUUGAUUGAUUGAUUGGUUGAUCGACUACGUAACCUUUACACAUCCUUUUCUCUCUCUCUCAUUUUAUCUCAACAAGUAGUGGUAAUGUGUCGAUACAAGAACUACUACUACUACUACGACUACUUUUAAUAAUUUGACCAGAAUUUCAAUUCCGAAGCCACACUGUCUACCCUUCAUGCCAGCGUUCUUUCUUGUCAAGCACCGCUUGUUAUCCCGUUUUUUAUGUAAUAUGUUUUUUGUAUUUGCCAGUCAGUGAGUGAGUGGGUGAGUGAGUAUGGAUCAUUUCACAUAUUUUACUUUUUACUCUGAAACUGUGUUAUUAACCUUGGUCUCCCUCUGUGUACUACUUCUCACAUCAGCGUGUAAGUAUGAAUGCAUGAAUGAAUGAAUGAGUAGUUGUCAUUUGUCGUCACCUCUGUCUCUCUCUCUGCCUCUCCC